UUACAUUUCCAGACAAAAUGACAAGACGACAAAUAAAAAUGGGAACAGCAACAGAUAAAUAUACAUUCAUAGUGCAAAAGACAAAGGAAGAGUUAGCAGAAGAAAACAUAGAUGAGACGAAAAAAUAUAUGAAAAGCUACAAGACUUUCAAUCGCUACUUCGUUGAAACUGAAAUGUACAAAUCUGCCAAAUUAUGCUUGGAUAAAUACAAUAUUGUCAUUAUGAGUGGAGCUCCGGGUUGUGGGAAAACGAAUGCUGCAAUACACAUGCUAUUCGAAGCAGAAAAGGAAAAUUGGGAUUUACGAAAAUUUGGAUCAUGGGAAGAAUUUACUCUUUUAAAUGCAGAUAAAAAGACUGUCGUCUUUAUCGAUAAUGUAUUUUAUGGAACUGAUAAUUACGAUUUAGAAAAUUGGUGGCAGGGGUUUGAUAGAAUAUAUGAAAACUAUCUAAAGCAAGGACCACAAAAUUCACAAGAAGAGUCUAUGAUUGAGUUGCGUCUCAUCAUUACUGCUCGAGAAAAUGUCAUUGAAAAUGCAUGUCACUUUAUGAAAAGGAUAACGCCUGUAUUUAAUGAUACUUAUAGGAAAUAUGUAAAUAAAUAUCCUUUAACCGACGAAGAAAAAAAUGAAAUCUUUCAAAAACAAAUUGAGUUUGCAGAGAAAGUAAAACAUAUGCGUUCACCACCAGGUGAUUGUCGUGACUUCAGAACAAAUAUAUUUAAAGCGGUGGGGCCUAUAGGAUUUCCCCUUUGUGCCCAUUUAUACGCAUGUAAAGAGGAAUACAGAAGGCGUGGUGCUAAAUUUUUUUCACAUCCAAUUGAAUUUCUCAAAAUUCAAAUUGAAGAUGAAGUUCAUAACGACCAAACCUCUAAAACCAAAACCCUCUUCUUUGUCCUUUUCCUGUAUGAAUGGCAUUUAAAGACACAAGAUCCACAUGCAAAGUUAAAUCUAGAAAGCGAAGUUGCAUGCAGGCAAUUUAUAAAUGCAGUAUCAACAGAUCUUAUUAAUAGUUUCAGCCCUUUAGAUUUCAAGGAUUUAAAAAGGUAUGCGCAGCACUUGUCGGGUUCAUUUUUCAUGGCAGUCGAAGGAGGAGGGUUUAAAUUCGUACACGACAGUGUUUAUGAGGCAGUAGGGGCUUACUUUUGUGAAAAUUUCUUCGAAAAAGUCAUUCCUUUGUUUCCUUUCGAUGUGAUUCAAGCUCAGGAAUACACUUCUUUGAGAAAGGAUCAAAUAUCAAAACUUGCCUUGAGAUUUUUAUAUGAAUCAUUUAAUAAAAGAUUUUCGAAAAUUUUCGGCUGUAACGUUUUUAAAUUGAAACCUUUUUCAGAUUGCUUUUGUGAAGAACUAGAAAAGAAAGGAGACAAAGACACUAAAAGUUUCUUCUCUCUGCAAAAUGAGGGUUCUAACGUGAAACUACCCGUUUUGUUCUGGGCUAGCCUUAACAAUCAUCAUUAUUUAGUUGAUAAAAUGUUUUGCAUCCUUAGCAAACAUAAAAUCAAUACUGACUUUCAAUUUUAUCUUUCUUUGUAUGGCGAAUGUUGUUCUAAAAGUGAGAAUAUAGUAUCAAGACUGAAUGGAAUGCUUUUUAAUAAUAUGGAAGAAAUAAAGAAACGAGUUCUCGAGUUUAAGGAUGAAGAAAAGAACACAGUUUUGCAUCUUUUGAUUAUGUCAGAGAGAUCCGACAGCACUGUGGCAGAAGCAGUCGUAAAAUUGAGUAAAGAUAAAGCAAAUAUCAAUGCACGCAACAAUCUUAAUAUGUCGCCGUUAAUGUUAGCUGUGCAGCAAAAACAAGAAAGAACAGCAGUAGUUAAAGAGCUAGUUGAAAACAAAGCAGAGGUUAAAUAUAAGGAUAGAAAUGGAGCCACCGUUUUUCAUCAUUGCCUAAAAUCAGAGAACACCGAUGAAAUAUGUGCAAAAACUUUGAAGAUUCUCUUAGAUGGAAAAAAAAGUCAGCGAAUAUUAAAUAAUGACGAUAAUGAUGGAGAGUCCGUUCUAAACAUUGCUGCAAAACAACCGAGAUACAGUAGAUUAUUAUGCAUUUUAACACUUCUUGAAUGUAAAGAUGUUAAUGUCUCCACAUUGAAUUUAGAUGGAUGUUCCCCAGUUUACAAUGCAGUAAAGCAUUUGCAGGUACAAUCUUCAUUAGGUGAAUUGGAAUGUUGUGCAAGAUUGAUUAUUCUUAUUUUGUACGGAGUUAAUCCUGAGAAAGUAGCAGACGAUAAAACUAGUGCGAAGGAACAGUGCUGUGCUCAAUAUAUUCAUGUUUUAAAAAUCUUAAAUAAUCACGAUACAGAUAUUAUGGAGACAGAACUUGACGAUCUGAUUGCAGCUGUUCAUAAAAAAGAAGAAAUGAGGACAGCAAAUGUAGAACUUCCAGAUUGUUCUUCAAAAUUGCCAGAAAGUAUAAAAAUGCGCAUAAGACAAGCAGUUUACUACUUGGCAUCCGCUGAACUAUAG